AUGGAAUUCUCCUCGUCAACGCCACCGCCGCCGCCACCGCUGCCGCUGCCGCUGCCGCCGCUGCUGUCAGCGAUACCGGGAGGGAUGCGGUUCACAGAAGCCACAGACGUCUUUUUCCACGGGGCAUCACACGGGGAACAGUUCAGGUUCCCUCCAGAGUCGUGGAGGCUCUUCCAGGACCGCAGUCUCCCCGUCUCCAUCGACGCGGCUGACCGGUAUCGAGAGGCGAUCCACGAGUACUUCGCCGAGGUCAACAUCUUCUUUCCGCUGCUCGCGCUGGAGGACAUAGUGGCAACAUUCGACGAGGUAGUCGCCUCGGAGCAGACGGCCGGGACGCAUGUGUCGCCGCUUGUUGCGCCCUCGAGGUACUGCUUGCUGCUCCUCGUCCUGUGCCUGGGGUCGUUCGUCUGCACCGGCGCGAAUCGCAUCUCGCUUGACGAGACAGCGGGCCGGAGCGGAGGACAGCACCACCGGCCCUCGAGCUCGAGCAUAUUCGCAGACUUCCCCGGACUCGACGAGCUGCUGUGGCGCAAGUCGAGGUUGCUUCUCGGGUUCGUUUCGUCCGAGAUCACCCUCGAGGCAGCACAAUGCACGAUGCUUGCAAGGUAG